UUCUGCGCCACUACUCGCAGCACCAGUGUCUUUCGUUUCGCCCUUGAGAGUUUUGUGGAAUUCGUGCCAAAGGUUCGAUGGUUCGUGGAAUCCAGCAGCGAUCGAGUUGAUUGUUUGUAUGUUUUGAUUGACGUUACUGAGGUUGCCCGAGAGCUUACUUAGUGCUUGCUUGUUCUCGCGUAGUAAUCGCGCUCGUUCGAUUUCGAAAGUCUUUAGGGGGUUGGUGUCCAUGGUUUUCUUUCUGUGAAAGAAAGAAGGGGAAAUAAUAGGGCAUCAAAUUCGUCUCUGAGCUUCAAAAAGCCUCUCGUACAGUACAACGUUCUUCUUCGCUUUGAAUACACACUACAAUGGCAAGCAACAAACGAAUGAAAGGUGUUAGCGUUACGCUUCCCGUCUAUACGUUCAAUUUUGCUACGCCACUGACGGGCAAAAAAGCCAACGAUUCUGAUCAUACGCAUAAAUGGACUAUCGGAUUACGUGGAUUUCAUAGCGAUCUUAGCUUUUGCAUCAAAAAGGUGGUUUUUCGAUUGCACGAUACGUAUCCCAAUCCCGUAAGAACUGUCGAAGAACCGCCUUUUGAGAUACAUGAAACAGGCUGGGGUGAGUUUGAAGUACUAGUCAAGGUACAUUUCCAUCCUGCCGCGAACGAGAAGGCUGCACAGUUAUAUCAUCAUAUUAGACUGCACCCAUACCAAGAUGAUCCAGCCGGGGGUGCAUGGCCUAAGGAUAAGCCAGUAACAUGUUUUCUAUAUGAUGAACUGGUGUUUAACGAACCAACAGAGACGUAUUACCAAAUAUUGGCGGAUAACAAUGUCGUUGGAUCUUCUGGAUUACCUCUUCGCAAGUAUACUGGCAAAGACUAUGCUAUUCCACCAUUCUCAAUUCAAAUGGAGCAAGAGGAAUUGGAUCGGUUGGAAAAGGCUCAACGUGAAGUGAACCAGCAGAUCCUUCAGUUAAGGCAACGCAAGGCAGUGCUUGAACAAGAGAAAGUGUCCGGUAACUGAUUAUGUAUGCUAGUAAUAUACCCCU